AUGUCUUCUGUCAAAGAACUCAGAAUGGCCAUUGAACAAACAACAAGACAAUUCUUAGGCGCUUACAAGGACUGCGGCGAAGCAAAUGACCCAUCCAUCAUCAACCGCGACGUCACUGAAGACUGCAAACGUCACUUCCUUCCAGCCGGUGUCAUGGCGCUUGUCGGAGCUCCCGAAGUGGUUACAUUGAACAAUGAGGCCUACGAGGCGGCAGUGGCUCAAGACAUGAGAAAGAGCCUAGUGACAGGGACUCGAAUUGCAAACCUGGUUAUAGAUACCGAGGCUCAUAAAGCAGCAGCAACUACUAUCACCGAUGUGAAAUUUCACGACGGAGAGGUGGUUGGGAUGGAGCAUUCCUGGGUGUUGGACUUCAAUGAGGACGGCUCCAAGGUCAGCAACGUUGUUGAGUUUUGUGAUAUGGAUGGAGUGCGCAGGAUGGUGGAAAAGUCUUGGCUUUGA